AUGUCCUACUCAGACACCCAUGGCGACCUCCACGCUGACUUGGGCGAAGACCCGAACGAUUCAGAGUACCUUGCAGAAUUCUCGGUACCACUUCACCAUCGAACGGACAGGGGAAGCUCCUUUCGAGUCCAGAACGACCCUUCCAAUCCGUGGCAAAGAGCAAAUGUCAUCGAGAGAAAAGGCGACCUCGACAUGCGGUGCUCGCUGCUCGACGUGGUUCACGGAAAGUUGACCGCUGAGGGCAAUGAAAAAGCAACGCUCUUGGUCAUUCGUUUCCGUUUCGAUCCUCGAAGACGUGCAAGACGAUUCAAGAGUGCCAAUAUCAACCUGAAUUUCAAGGGCAUAGACAAAGACGAAGGACCAGCAGUGAUGGCUAUCGCUCCUGAUGCUCAUCUUAAGCUUGGGAAGAGCAUGGCGCACACGGAGUCGAAGCAGUCAGCUGGACUCCAAGUCAGCGGCGGAAUGCCCGCCGCUGCAGGAGGCACGAUCUCUUGGGAGACCUCCACCAGCAUGGACGUGACUACAUACGCCUCAAACACGGGCUCCAUUGACCUCAGGGGCAGGAACUGGGGCAGCGCAAACUGCGCGUCGUGGUCUCUAUCCGAAAACGAAAAUGGAGAAAGGGGUAUACCGCCUUUCUUAAAGACAGCCGUCCUUCUGCGGCGGGAAAACUAUGAGCCCUUCCGGUGCAUGUUUACCAUCGACGCUGCUGUUGACAUCCGAAGCAAAUUGGGGCGUUAUUUUGGUCGCAAGGACGAUCUUACAAAUGACGACCCGGUUCUGUUUGACCCUUCGAUCAAAGCCAACAACAUUUCAGAGCGCUAUAACCAAGACAAUCUUGGAAGCUGUGAUCUAUACAGCCUCAGCGACAUCACCUUCCGCACAGAUGUCCAUGGCACCGUGAAGGAAUUGCAACAGACUGGUUGA